GUUGAAGGUGACGUUCGCAGCGCGUAGUGUUUGGCGCCAGCAUUUUCGCGGGGAGUGAGGAUUGGACGUAUACAGCAACAACCUCGAUUAACGAUUAAAACAAAUACUCUUCCUUGUUUCACGAAUAUAAAGUCCGCGUUGAUGAUAUCGGCUGUAUUUGUUGAUAGACCGUCUGCAGCCCUAAGGUGAGAGAUCUCGAGUCAACACGUUAUGCCUGUUGGUUGAGAGGAUGAUGGCAGCGGUGCCUGUAUCUAGUGCCAGCAUCCUUCCACUUCUGGAGUGUCUGGAAGAUGAAGCAGCUGGGUUGUCGGAGCAUACAGAUGCCUACAUCACCAUAGCAAACCGCCUUAAUGGAGAGGAUGGCCGUCAGUUUCUGCCUGUAGUUGUAAAGCACUUUGCACGUCUUAGUAAAGUCCUUCUGGUGCACAUCUCCAGUGAGAAUGAGGAGCUGUGUCAAGCUGCCCUGCAGGCUUUGGGUUUCUGUGUCUUUCACUCACACAUUGUUUCUGUUAUCCCAGCAAAUGUUUCAGAAGAGGUGCUGUCGACGCUCUGUAGUGUGGUUGUUAAAUCUAAAGAGAAAUUUACGUGUACCCGAGCAUUAUGGGUAAUUUCAAAGCAAAAUUUCUCUCCGGAGGUGGUGGCUAAAAAGACGCCAGAAAUUCUCAAGAGCCUGGAGGCUAUGCAGACCAGAGAAGUUCAGUCGAUCCUCAUUGAUCAUGAGUCGCUUAAUGUCAUCAUAAGGUUACUGGAGCAGGCACCGUCUCAGAUGGCUGUUGGGGCUGUGUGCUGGGCCAAGCUGGUCGUUCCUUUGGUGGUUCACUCUGCCAAUAAAGUGCGUUUGCGUGCGGCAGCAGCCCUGGAGCUGGGUAUGCCUCUUCUCCUGGAGAAACAACAGGAGGUGGCUGCCAUUGUGGAGCCCAUGAUGUCCUCUGUGCUCAUCCCUGAAAUGCAGAAACUGUUUUCUUCUAAGAAUGAAACAAAUAUGCUGAAGCUCUGGUCUCUGUUUGUAAGGCUUCUUGGGAAGUUGCUCCACAAAGGCGGUGCUUUCAUUAACUCUCUGCUAUAUUUAGAGGAGUUGGGUUUCCGUAGCUCUUCUCCUAAUAUUAAGAAGAUUGCCUUUAUUGCUUGGAAGAGCCUUAUUGACAACUUUGCCCUUAAUCCAGAUAUUCUGUGCAGCAGUAAGCGUCUGAAGCUUCUUAUGCAACCACUCAGUUCCAUUCAUGUCCGGACCGAAGCGCUUAUGCUCACUAAGCUGGAGGUGUGGUGGUAUCUUGCCGUCAGACUUGGUCCUAACCUGGCAGCUAACUUUGAACAGGUUGGCAUACCACUGCUGCAUAGCACACUUCCUCCUGAUUCUCCACUGCAGUCUCCAGUCACACCUGCUCGAACCCCUAACCCAACCAAUGGCACCCCCAACACCCCUAAAACAGGCGUCCCGUCCUGCAGCACACCAAGCGCUACUCCACGUAUGAAUCUGAACAGCAGUAUACAGGCAGCUCAGUCGUACCGCUCCAUUCAGCUUCUGGGGCUGGAGAUGCUUCUGCACUGGCUUAUGGGUCCAGAAGUCACAGAUACAGCCGCUAAAGAAAAUCUUCAGCUCAACCUGGAUCCCCUAACACACCCGCUCAUCACCAGUCCUUCGUUCUUCUGCAGACAUUCCUCUGUCCUCAUCACAGCUGUCCAAGAUGGCUUAAUUUCUGUAGGAAAACAUGCACCAGAAUCGCUUCUCAAUCUUGUUUGGCGAAGCCUCAUUGGUUUUGUUAGCACAGCAAUAGAAGCUGGUAAGAAAGAGCGUCAGGGUUCAGAGGUCCUAACGCUACUUCUACAGGCUUUGCAGUCCAUACUGAUCUCAGAUGUUCUGCCAGCGGAGCGUGCACUGGUUCUUUUGGAAGCCACAGUUAAGGGAAUACCUCAAAAGGUUCUUGGUUCUGCAGCUUAUCAAGUGGCAAACAUGGAUGUUUUAAAUGGUACACCAGCCCUUUUCCUAAUACUGCUUUUCUACAAAAGUAGCCAGCUUCCAUCAUUUCUAGAAGAUGAGAGGUUUUUCUCCAGCCUGGAGACUCUUGUAAGCUGUGGGUUCUGUGGACCUACAUCUCCCCUGACUUUUGGAGAGGCUGUUUUAGGAGCAGCUAGUGGGAUUGUGGAGGCUGUUAAGAACAAGAAACAGCUCUGGAGGAUGUGGAGUGUGGUGAUUAAUCUUCUGACUGACACCAUCACACAGACCAAUGAAGUGAAUCAAGGAGAUGCUUUGGAACAUAAUUUCAGUGCCAUUUACAGUGCCUUGAUGUUCCCUGUCAUUCACCUGUUGCCUGAUUCAGCCCUAUUCCAGACAACUCAGAAGUCCAUGAUCAGUACAUGGUCCAGACUUUAUAAAGCUUUUGCCCGAUGCUCAGCUUUGGUGGCCACGGCAGAGGAGAAUGUAUGCUGUGAGGAGCUGUGUGCCAAGAUCUCGGCAUCUCUACACACUGAGGCUCUGAAGAAUUUGUUUAUGCUGGAUGCAUUAGCAAAUAUCCUGCUCAUCAUCAUAGAAAGCCUGGACUUCUCUCCUUACACCCCUCAGUUCCAGCAGAAGAUGAAAUCUCCUCGGACUCCCUUAAGUUGGGUACGAAAGAGAAGCAAACCUCUGGGGCAUCUUUCGACCUACCACACUCUUCUCAGACAGAUGCUAGAUGCAUUUUUAUCUUCAGAGCCCUCAGAAGCAUCUGCAGAGGCAACCGGUGGCGUUUUAAAUGGACUCGGCUUGACACUGAUUUCCAUCUUGUCUAUACUUUUCACCAAUAUCACACUGCCCACAUGCAUACAAGAGGUGCUGUCCACUAUCACCCAGCCACUUGCACGUCUCUAUGAAGAGUACUCUAGAUUUGAGGAGCAGUCAAAGCCCAAUUUUACUCUUGGAUCCAAGUUGGAGAAACUGGCCACAGACUUGCUUGGCUGCCUUCAGACACACUUGACUUUGUUUGACGAUGAGCUGCUUGCUGUAUUGUCGCCUUUGCUUUGUGUGUUUUUCCCACACAAGAUCAAGCAAAUUCGCUCUAUGGUCACUCAUUUCUGGAAUGCCACCUUUGGAAAAGCAGUGGCCUUAACUUACCCCGAGGCUCUUAGUGUUGUUUUAAAUCAAGCUAAGCAAAGGACUCCAUUGAUUUUACCUGGAUUUGAAGUCGUUGAUAAUCCAGAUGAUUGCAGUGGACCGUAUUCGAGCGAGAGUUCUCAGAUGGACCCUCAGAUUAGCGGUGUGAAGGUGACUUCUGUUGGAAAGAGGGACUCUCUGUUGGCUAGGGCUGAAGAGCUGAAAGGAAAAAGCUCUGUAACUGGAACAAAACCUGUGUCUAUGAAACUGGAUUUUGGAUCCCCCAAGCCACGGAAACGUGAAGCUAUUGAAGAGGAGGCAUCGGUAGAUUUUGUUUUUAUUCCCCCUGAGACAAAAGAGAGAGUGCUGACUGAACACCAGAAAGAAGUCAAAAGGACCAAAAGGGUUGAUAUUCCUGCCCUGUACAAUAAUCUGGAUGCCUCUAUGGACACCACAGUCUUUACACAAUACUCUCAAAGUCAGGAGGAGUCCAUAGACAAAUUAACAACAGAUGAUAAUGAUAAAACUAAGGAAGAUGAUAAGGUUCAGUUGGAGGAGAUUGGCCCAGUUGAGGAACCAACCACAGAUGUUAAGAUGACUCAAGAUGGCACCUCAUUAGAUGCAGAAACGCCAGAGAAACCUGCACAGAAUGAAAAUCAGACUACAGAGAAAACUGAGACACCAAUUCGUGAUGUGUCAGCUGAUGCGGGCGGACAUGAGAAAAGUGGAUUAGAUUCGUCCAGCCCUAAUGUUUCGAGUUCUUCGGAUAUGAUAUCAGGUACACCACCCAAACCCAACAGCAGACGGCAGUCUUUCAUAACCUUAGAGAAAUAUGUUGAGGGAAAGCCAGCAAGUCCCAUGAGUGAUGCUAAAUUUACUGGUCCACUCACUCGGAGAUCGAAUCGACUGGAUGCUUUAAAGUCAUCGCAGACUACUCCACCUGCCUCUCUUGACUCACAACCUCAGACUACGAAAGAAGACUCGGAAAAACCUCAAGGGAUUAGCACUACUGAGAAUGAGCAAGAAAAAAUGGAGGUAGAAGAUGAGGUUAAGUCAACAAGUCAUCCUUCUCAAAGCGCAGAUGAGGAAGAGGAUGAUGUGGUCCCUGAUACUCAGACCCAAGUAUCAGUUGAAGCGCUUGAGGAUAAGGACAGUUUUUCCCAAGCAAAUGUAGAGGAAAUGACAUCUGUUGAAUGUGAUAAAUCCUCUUCUGGAGAAGAAUCACAGAUUUUUUCUAACUCACAAACUUCUAGUCAAGAACCAAGAAGGUCAGGUAGACGUCGUAGUAGACCUCUUCGCCCAGGUGAGGAUCCGGCGGAAAGGGAGCAAAGCUCUAACAAAUCUCAAGAAACAGUCAGUCAGAAUGUAGAUUCUGCACAGACGAAUAUACAGAAGGCAAUACUUACUCCAACAAAUACAACGUUGCCUGGAAGAGGAAGGAGAAGUAAGGUUCUUGAAGAGACAAAAACUGGAGGAAAAGAAGAACUUGGACACACUGAUUCUCAAAUUUCUUCUGCUGAAUCUUCACAGGCACUUUCACAGGAAGUUGAUAUGUGUGGUCAUGAAGAGCUUAGCCAGACUGAGACUUCUCAUGAGGAGAGUAAAUCUAUGGCUCUAUCACCAGGCAGGACUACGAGGAAAACUAGACAGCACAACGUCAGUCCUGAGGGAUCCACAGAUAAGACGGAAAAAUCAGGAAAUUCUCAAAAUGCGACAUCCACUUUAAGAACGAGACUUUCACAUAAACAUGUUUCCAGUACAGAGACCGAUAGCCAGCAAACGGGCAGAUUGCGAAGAUCGAGGAGGUCCGGUGCAGCUGAAACGGAAACCGCUGGAUCACAGACCAAAGAUCAGGAUGUGAAUGACUCCCAAACACCGUUGAAAGGCAGAGCUACAAGACGAAGAAACGCAGAGGAAGGGAUUAACACUAGUAGUGAUGCUACACCAACCGUUUCUGUAAAUACUGAGAAUUCACAGGCUGAAGAAUUAACCGGGUCGCUAGAUUCUUCUCAAGGACGUGGUAGAUACCGAACUCGAUUGUCUAAAGGUUUGCUGUCCCCGGCUGACAAUGAGCCGGAAAGCUCUGAUGGCAAAGAAGAUGGACCAAGGCCUAAAAAGAGACCACGAAAUCCACUACCCACAGAGGUGUUACCAUGCACCACCAAUGUUCCUGAAGUGGUGCAGAAUAAGGAGGAUGUUCACUCAGAAACCUCCAUGUUACAGGAUGGGGCAGAUCCUGAGCAGAGUUUAGUUGACGUUUCUGUCAGUGAGGCCAAAGGAGAUAAAAAGGCGCCUUCAAUUGAAAACUUGAAUACCUCUAAAAAAGAAAUCGAUCAAGAAAAUCAAAGUGAGACAGUGUUAAAAAUGGAAGUGGAACCAAAAACAAAAGAAAUCAUCCAUAUGCCUAUUGAUGACAAGACUAAGGUUGAAGCACCAACAUCGUCUUCAGAAAAUAAACCAGUUGGAACUGAAGAUUUAAACGUGAAGGUUGAAAGACUGCAUAAAUGCCCCCAUACCAGGGGACGCGGUCGUGGUCGUAGACGUUCUAAAAACUGUAACUGCUUUUCAAACCGUGGUGUGUUGCAAGACAGUGACUCGCAAGCAUCUCAGGAUCUAAAAAAUGAACCGGUUGACGCCUCACAAUCUGAUCAGUCCAUGUCUGUAUCACAGGAAAAUCAAUGCACAGAAAUUGCAGAUGUUGUCCAUGCUGCAGCAGACAUGCAGUCAUCUUCAGACAUGCCUGAUCAACUCCCAUCUGAAGUUUUGCCUUCUGAAAGCUCUGAAAAUAAGCUUGGUGUAACUGCUUCUCAGCUGUCAGAAGCAGAGGAUGAAUCUGGGAAGAAGCCUGCAGAAGAGGUUGAUGCGAGUCGGUUAGAGGGUUUAAAAAGCACAGACGUUCAAGAGCACAACGAUGAAGCGGAUAUUUCGGAAAAUGCUCCAGGAAGUCAAGAAGCACUUCAAAGUUCAACACCUCAGGACACGUCUCCAAGCAAAGGCCAUCCGGUGGAAGAUGCACCUAUAUGUCAAGAGCAACUAGAGUCCUCCCAUGUCCAGCAAGCAGUGGAGGAAAGUGAAAACCUCAACAUUGCAGAGAAAAGUGAAGAAAAAGCAGAUGAAGUAGACGAGGGUAUUGCUUCUGAGAAAGAUGCUCAGGUAGAAAAGCAGGAUCUUCCUGCAGAUGUACAAGAAACGGCUUCUGAUGCUGUUAAAGAGUCAUCUGUACCUCUGCAAAGCAGUACAUGUGAUGUCUGCUUGGAUUCUCCACCCAAGCACAAACCUUUAGAUGCCAUCGCUGGAGAGCUAGAGUCUGGCCAGAGCCCGAGCAGAAACAAAACUCGUGCAUGGUCACCAUCUGCUUCUCCAUCCACCAGCAUUCUAAAGAAGGGACAGAAGAGAUCUUGUGAUGAAGAUACUCCCUCCCCACUUCUGAAGUCUCGUCGAGUUUCUUUUGCAACUCCAAUUUACCAACAAGAAUUGGCUGAUGACAUCGAUCGACGUAGUCCGGUUAUUCGCACCAGCUCACCGAGGUCAAAAGUCUUGAGUGUACAGCCUAAGUAUAUUACUACGCCCACAAAAGGCUUUUCAAAUCUUAGCCCACGUAACCUCAGAAGCCCUGGGUACAAAAGUUCAAAGAAAUGCUUGAUUUCGGAGAUGAGCCAGGAGCCACGGCCUAUUGCUAAGGAUUGUGUUUACCCAGCACUGGUUGGCUGCUCUACCCCUGUAGAAGCUGUUUUACCACAGAUAUCAUCUAACAUGUGGCCUCGUGGCUUUGGUCAGCUGGUCCGUGCCAGGAACAUUAAAACAGUUGGAGACUUGAGUGCCCUUACCCCCAAUGAAAUCAAGUCACUUCCUAUCCGUUCACCUAAAUUAUCCAACGUGAGGAAAGCACUUAAAACCUAUCAUGAACAACAGAAAAAAGGACGUUCUGAUGAACUCAAGAGUUUUGACGAAAUGGAAAAGAUGACAUCAGAAGACACGGAGCCUCCACAAAACCAGGAUGAAGAGCAAACACCAGGAGAGCCUCAGGUUUCUGCAGAUGACAAACCCACAGAAGAUAAUGUAGAUGCAGGACAGUUAACUAAGGAGAACAAAGCGGAUGGUUUGCUGUCAGAUGUUGUAGCGCUUGGUGAACGUCUAAUCCCAGAGAUGCUUGGUCACUGUUCACCCAACCAGUUGGGCCUGAUGCACGAACAUCUGAGUGGAAUGAUGAGAAACAUUGUAGUCCAUCUUCAGUCCCGCCUGCCGGGUAACCUUGAUGAUAGCUUGGCAUGAGGACACCAUUUUUACGUUCAAGACUUUUAUUUCUAACUUGAAGAUUCGCAGUGGACUGCUCGUUAGUUUUAGCUCAAAUUUUAGACGAUUCAAUACAAAUUAUGCUCUUUUGGAGGACAGCUUCUUAAGUGAGUGUUGAAUAUUAGGCCUUUAUGUAUUUUAUGGAUACAGAGUGGUUGAUUUUUAAGACUGUAUAUUGUACUGAGAUGCCAAGGAAACCUUUUUUAUUUUAAAAAUAAAGCUAUAGUAUUAAUAAAA